GCUGCUCAGGGACCCGCAGUUCCGGGGUGUAACUGUUUCCUGGUCUCCUGUCGAAAUCUGACCGAGACUUGUGACUCGCGUUUCCCCGCAGGAUUCGGUGCUCCCAUCCCUCCCCUCCACCCGGCUGAGCUGGAGCCCUUCGCCGCUGCACUUCACAGCCUGGCACCUUAAUGGAAACAGCAGCUGAUCGUGGCCCGAGAUAUUUGUGGGGUUAAAAGAUUUGAACUGCAGCUAAGUAAAACAAGGGCUGAAAAGUGAAGGAUGGCAGCAAAUCCUUCAGGACAAGGUUUCCAGAAUAAAAAUAGGGUUGCAAUCCUGGCAGAACUAGACAAGGAGAAGAGAAAGUUACUUAUGCAAAACCAGUCUUCCACAAAUCACCCUGGAGCCAGCAUUGCACUUGCAAGAUCACCGCUGAACAAGGAUUUCCGUGAUCACGCUGAACAACAGCACAUUGCAGCACAACAGAAGGCUGCACUGCAGCAUGCACAUGCACAUUCCUCAGGAUACUUCAUAACUCAAGACUCUGCAUUUGGAAAUCUUAUUCUUCCUGUCUUACCUCGACUUGAGGCAGAAUGAGGAAUGUUGUUUCUCAGAACUGCAAGGUCUGAUUUUUGUCCAUAGCAGGAACUGUCUGACCUUUUAAUUUCUUUUCUUAUCUUAAAACCCGUUUUCUUCUGGAUUUUUGUGGUUGCUUUUUGAGAGUGUGAGCUAUAACAAUGAAAAAGCAAUGUUGCUGAACAGCAAUUUUUAUCCUGUAUUUCCAUUCUUCUGUCAGGUCAAAGUCAGACUUAAGACUUCCUUGGUGCAUAGCGCUUGCUCUUCCCUGUUUCUGUGCUUCCUUUAAAUAAAUGUCCAAACCAGAGUCAUUAAGAGAUGCACACUCUG